AUGCCUGGGUGGGACCACGAGUACGCAACGGCCUUCUCCAGCAACCGAUCAAUACGCAGCUCGCAACGAUGGGGCAAGGCACCUGGAAAAGAAAUGGAAAAGGGACAGGAUGGAAAGCCAGACAAGUCCGCAAGUCCUGGUCCUAAUGACAAACCCGAUGAGACCGUUGAGCGACCAGAAGAGGUUAUGGUUAUCAAUGAUUCCAGUGAUGAUAGUGGCAGUCAAGACAAUGGAACAGACAUUGGUGCUGGCCGCUGGGACCCGUGA